CUGUGUGUAUAACACACGUUGUUUUGGAUUGUUUAGUAGUAAAACAUUUCUUAGGUAAAUUUAAUUUAUAGAUAUAAACAAUUUUCAGUAGAAAUGUUUUGUUCCGUUAAGACAUAAUUUGCAGAUUCGAAUGAACAUUUUUAUUUUUAAAGUGCGUAUUAUAAUAACUUUUUGGGAAUAUUAUAAUACUGGUAUUGGUUAAUAUUUCUGGAAAUAGAACAUUUUUUAUUCAAACCUUGAAACAUUAUAUUUUUCGUUGAUAAAAAAACUGCUUUAUGCUCACAAAAACGUUUAACAAUUAACAAAGUUUGAUAUGAGAAUGCAACGAAAUAUUUGUACCAAGCUCCAAGGAGGAUUCUUACGUCGUUGGUGGGUGGCUGUGAUAUUUGGUUUACUGAUCGUUAUCGCGGCUGGAAUCAUAGCUGUUACCUUUCCUAGUAUCAUUAAUUAUAUAAUUCAUCAUGAAAUUGCAUUACGAGAAGGUGGACGCACGUUUUAUUGGUGGAAAGAUCCACCUGUCACACCGCAAAUGCAUGUCUAUAUAUACAACGUCACAAAUGCCGAAGAAUUUCUCAAUAACGGGCAAAAACCUAUUUUAGAUGAAGUUGGACCCUACAUUUAUCUUCAAACUUGGGAAAAAGUAAAUGUGAAAUUUAAUUCGAACGACACUGUGACUUAUAAUGUAAAGAAGAAAUUUGUAUUCUCUGAGACUUUAUCAGGUCGCUCUGAAGAAGAUGUAGUUAUUGUACCUAAUGUUCCUAUGUUGUCAGCGACUUCACAAUCGAAGAAUGCUGCUCGAUUCCUUCGAUUAGCAAUGGCUUCAAUUAUGGAUAUUCUUAAGAUAAAACCAUUUGUUGAGGUUACUGUGGGACAACUACUAUGGGGAUAUGAAGAUAGUCUGCUGAAACUUGCGAAAGACGUAGUUCCAGAUCAAAAGCUUCCAUACGAACAAUUUGGAUUAUUUUAUGAAAAAAAUGGCACUAGCAAAGAUAACUAUACGAUAUUCACUGGAAAGAAUGAUAUAACUCACUAUGGACUUCUUGAUAAUUGGAACGGUAAAAAUUUUUUCGGCCAUUGGAAUUCACCACAAUGUGAUACAGUCAUGGGAAGCGAUGGUAGCAUUUUUCCUCCUCAGAUAACCAAAAAUACCGUCUUGAAAAUAUUCGAUAAAGAUCUCUGCAGAGUUUUACCACUUGUAUAUAAGCAUGAAGUUACAACCGCAGCUGGAGUUCCUGGAUUUAGAUUCGUUCCAGCGAUAGACGUAUUUUCGUCACCACAACGUGUGCCAUCUCAACAGUGUUUUUGUCCUUCAGGACCACCUUGCGCUCCAGAAGGUACAUUCAAUGUUUCACUCUGCCAGUAUGACUCACCAAUUCUUCUCAGUUUCCCUCACUUCUAUUUAGGUGAUCCUACAUUGAGGGAUGCUUUCAUAGGAAUAACAACCCCUGAUGCAGAGAAGCAUCAAUUAUUUAUUGACGUACAGCCUAUAAUGGGAACUGCUUUGAGAGCAAGAGCAAGAAUACAAAUUAACAUAGCGGUCAGCCAAGUCAAAGAUAUUAAGCAAGUUGCAACUUUUCCCGAUAUAGUUUUCCCAUUAAUAUGGUUUGAAGACGGUAUUGAUCAGUUACCAGAUAAAGUGACUUCGUUACUAAAAAUUGCAGUGGAUUUACCUCCGAUUGCUCAUACAGUGAUAACAAGUGUCUUAGCCUCAAUUGGUUGUAUUAUAUUCUUUAGUGCAAUUUUUUGCUUGAUUCGUGCAGCAAAUCGACAAGAAAAAUUGCAUUUAAGUGCACCAAUAUCUGUAACGAAACCUAACAAAAAUUUGGCUUCAGAGUUUCAAAAUCCUAGUCAAGGAAUUUUUUUCUAAAUAAUGAAUGUUGAUGCACCAAAGAAGUCUUAGGAGCAUUAAAGUUUGAAGAGUUAAUAUAUAUUUAUACUUUUUGAGGAUGGGUAAGGAAAAAGGGACAACGGUUAAUGUAAUUAUUUAUCAUAAAAAAAAUAUAGAAAAAAAAAAAUUUAUUCUAUAAAAAAGGGGAAAAAUGAAUCAAU